AUGGCUCACAUUGAACCUACUGUUGAUUACUAUGCCUUGCUUCAGGUCGCGCAGACAGCAGAUCAAGCUUCUGUGAAAUCAAACUACAAGCGCCUUGCAAAGAUCAAGCAUCCGGACAAGAACCCUACAAAUCCCAAUGCAACACGGGACUUCCAACUGCUCUUGGAGGCGUAUCAAAUAUUAUCUAAUCCUGACACUCGGCGGAGAUAUGAUUCCCAAUAUCUCUUCAAUAAGCAUGCCCAAGAGGCCGGGUACCGAUCUGAGACGCGAGAGUCGGGGUUGCGGCACCUAAACAACAGAAGAUGGGAGUUGGAAAACAAGAUAUUCGAGGCACAGAGGAUGGUGGAUAGGUACGAGAGAGACCUGAGAAGGUUGCAAGAGGAAGCGGAGAUGGAUACAAAGGAACAGGCUGCUAAAGGCGGGUGGUGGGCCUACAUAUGGCCAUUUGGAGCUUCGAGGGGCGGGGAAACCAAAGACGAGCAUGACGACCGGAGACGCCGCGAGUUACACAGAAAAGCAGCUCAGAGAAUCAAGGAACAGCACCUGGAAGAACAGAGACAGUUCAUUUCAUGCAUUAAAGCUCAAUUACAAAGCACCAAUUGUGAGAUUAAGAGAUUUCUGGAGGAAAUUGAGAGGGAAGAAAGAGAGAAGGAGAAAAAAGGACACAGAGAGGCACAGAAGAGGCAAGCCGAAGAAGAAGAGAGGAGACGCCGUGAAUUUCAAGCACAAAUGGGAAAGGUGCAGAAAAAAUCUCAUAACCAGUCUGCUAAAACACAGAGGCAGAGUAGUUGGACGGAGCAAAAGAAGGACACGAAAAUGGAAAAUGCUAGAAGGCAAGCAAACAGCGGUUCGCAUGCCACCAAUAGGAGCACAAACCCCCUGAGGCCAAAUAUGGUCUUGUGUGACCAUGCGUUGUGGUGGCCUCGAGUUGAUGGAACGCAUCUCUGCAGCCGUUGCCUCACACACACAACCCGAUUUGCAUUCCGGUGCCCUCGAUGCAACAAGGUGGCAUGUGCAAGUUGCCGUGAUAUCCUGAGAGGUAAAUGA